AGGCCUUCGCUUGCAGAGCUGCCCGCAAAUGUACCUAAAGGCACUUUAUCCCCCGGCCCUCCAACAUGCGGGAGCCCCCAGAAGCCGGAUUUCGAGGAAGCGUAUUCGAAGCUUGCAAAGCUUCAUAGCGCACUCAAAAAGCGACACGAGCUAACCCAGCGUACGGCGAGGGGGUUCCGGGCGGCGCGGGACAGCUGGAUGAGGUACGCUCAGUCGCUGGAGACCAAGAUCGACAAGCUGGAGAAGAAGCUCCACCGGAUGGAGGGUCGGAUUGAGGAACUUCCUCCAGAGGACUCGACAAAGCUUCGACGUCCGCGGACCAUUGCUGAUGGCGCUCUGUCCGGUCAGACAGCCCUGGAUUCAAGCUCCCCGUCUGAUCCAGAGUCAGACAGCACUGUUAGGCCUCGACAUGAGGCUGGCGGAGUUCCGGCGGGCCGUAUGGAGCCUUCAUCAGGCGCUGAACUCGCCUUGACGGGUGAUAGGAGCCGACCGGUUGAUGAGGAGACGGAGGACGGUAGCGAAGGGCUCGAUCAGCUACCGCCAAUGCUCCCUGGUACGGGCAUGGAGCGGGCCGUCGCGAUCAAGGAAGAACCGUCCUCGGAUGGCCCGGUCAUAGUCUCCGAAAGAACUGUGCGUAAACGGAAACACGCGGACGACGACGGCAAGGUUGCCACCCCUCCUCGAAGGAUCAAGAGUGAGCACAGCAACAGCUCAGACCCCGUUAUCACAGGUGAAGCCGCAGUUUUCUGUCCCCACGAGAGCAUCGACCUGGACGAAGAGGAGCAGGCGAUCCGGACGCCUAGAAAGCAGCACCGUUCGGAUCAUCUGCAACUUUGGGAAGAAGACGAAGCAAGUCCCGUGCUGGAUAAAUCGGGUUCAUCCAGUCAGGAACCGCAGACAACACGCGCAAAUGGCAAUGGCAGACCACCCAUCAGGGCAGGCUGGACUCUAGAUUACGGGGUCGCGGACGUUGCUGAAGAUGCCGAGGACACCUUCGAGUUAUUUCAUUCCCCCAAGCUGGGGCAAGCUGAGAAGGAACCGAAUGAUCAGGCACUUACACACAGUCGGCUACAAUCGCUCUUGCACAUGGACUCGCCGGGAAUGGCUGCGCCUUUCCUUCCCGCAACACGUCUGUUUCGGAACAGCGGCAAUUCUCGUCUUGACCAAGAAGACCUCGAAAACAUACCGCCGCCACAGGAUCCCGGGCAACGUCACGAAGCAUCUGUAAAGCCGUCGCCGGUGGCGAAAGCCUCUCCGGCCACCGCAGCCACUGCGCUCCGAAAGCAGACUCAGAACAAGAUCAACCAGCUGCCGCCCAGGCGACUGCGGGAUCGGCCUCUGGCAGAGCUCAGGAGCGAGGAUUUCAAAAUCAAUCCCAAGUUCAACAACGGCUACAAGCAUGCCUUUUCCGAAGUCGUGCGCGGCAAGGACGAGCGGGCCGAGCUCGCCGGGUGCACCGACCCGAACUGCUGCGGCCGGCAGUUCCGGGCGAUAGCAGAAUCGGAGCUCCGGGCGGGCGGGCCGGGCAUCCUCUCGCGGGUUGCCGACAUCAAGAUGAUGGAGGCCUAUCUGGGCAACGAGGCGUACCGGCUCGUCGACAUGACGCGCGAGGAAAGGCAGGAAGUGUGGCUCAAGGCCAAGAUACAGGACUUGGCCGAUCGGCUGGGGAGGCACCGGCAUAGGUUUGCCAGCAGGCCGUCGCCGCCUGGAUACUGGGACCCGGACUUCCCCAGCACGCAGGAGUUGGAGAAGAACAAGGAGGAGGCAGAGAAAAUGGAGCGGCGUGUGGUCGAGGAAAGGUGGCGCGAGGCGAUGCGGGGAGGAGGCCGGUGGUUGUUCAGGGACGAGUAG